AGCAAGUGGUGUAAAGUGAGAUAGGUAUUAAUUAACUCCUUGUGAUAAAAGAUCUUUGUUUCUGUAACAAAGCUAACUAACUAAUUGCUCCACUUACAAUGGGCUACAGCCCGAACCAACGUAUACUUGAAACUGCCCAGUACGAGUUUCAAAAUCCCAGGUUCCACAGUCUUUAUGAGUGGAGAUUGCUACGAUCGUUUGGUCUAAAGCCAGAAGUCCGGAAAAGAUCGCGUAAUUGUCCACAUCAAUUUGUGGUGACUUCCCACGGAUUGCAGGCAACAAAAGACACUGAAGGCAAGCUCACAUGCAGUGAAGCUCUCCCACUUGUCAAUCUCAUCCAGGCUCAGUUACUGCACACAUCCUUGAGACAUAAUAAUACGAUUUUCCCAGUUCUCAUGGCGUCAUUCAUGGGUGCCAGAUUACGCUUCAUUGAAGCUUAUUCUGAUGGCAGUGAGCAUCCGUACAUCCGUAUGAGCAGGUUGAUUGAUUACUUCAAGUUCAACCAUGGACUUGAUGCUUCGCUGGUUUUUGAACAGCUCUGUUGGAAAGACAAUGGACUCUCCAAACAUCAGCCAUUGUCAACGCGAGGGGCUGUGCAUACCUAG